CCUGCAAAAGAAAGGGAGGACAUUUUAAAAGCCGUUUCAAUGGAAAUGGAAAAGUAAAACAGGAAUUCAUCUCAUUCCUGCCGUUGAUUAGAGAGAGAGAGAGAGAGAGGUAUGUCGAGCUCGAACCUGGAUCCACACGACCAGAUGAGGGGAAGGGACGUGGGCCGCGUGGCCCGGGGCGAGCAAGCCCCUCAACCGGCCCACGAACCCGGUUCUAUCAGACAAGCCCCAGCUAGAACCGCUCCCAUUAAGGUGGAGGAGAUUGUUACGGCACCGGCCGAUGUUCGUUUCCCGACCACCAAUCAAACACGGCAUUGCUUCACUCGUUACAUCGAGUACCACAAGUGUGUCAAAGCUAAGGGGGAAAAUGUAGCCGAGUGUGAGAAAUUUGCUCGCUACUAUCGAUCUCUGUGUCCUUCUGAGUGGGUUGAGAAAUGGAACGAGCAGCGGGAGCUUGGAAUCUUUCCUGGUCCUCUGUAGGUGUCAGCUUCUUGAGAUCAGGGGUAUUUUGGUCAAAAAUAUUUUCAAAUAAACGUUCGGAAUCUCUACUGUUCAUAUGGUUAGGUAAUUGUGUGAAGAGAAACAAGCGAGCCUGUUCAUGAAAUGGGCCUUUUGGGCCUGAAAGUCAGUACAUGUUGCUGGGCUGAGUGAGGGUCUGGUCAGGUUCAGCUCACUCAGGACCGUUUACUAAGGGCCUGCAAUAAAAGCUUUUUCUCCUUAGA